CAGCCCGAGCGGACUUCGUAUGAUACCGGAGAACGGAGCCUUCAGCAGCCCCUUCUCCCUGGACGAGCCGCAGUGGGUGCCAGAUAAAGAGGUGAGGCCUGCCCCGGAGGGGUUGGGGAGUUUAGUGCAUACCCCGACGCGCAGGCAGCUGGACACGGAUUCUGUCUUUGUAUUUUUGUAGCUGAUGGAGAUGACCCGUCCCUCAAAAAAGAAACCCCAGCCAACAAGAUGAAAUAUGUUCUCUUUUGAUGGAUUCUAUGCAUUUUUUCGUCAUGAUGAAAGUGCCCAAGAUGCAUGCAGUGCGACACAAGGUUUGACUUCCUCACAAGGAAGCAUCACUGUAGGCGCUGUGGGAAGUGUUUCUGUGACAAGUGCUGCAGUAAGAAAGUGCUUCUCCCUCGGAUGUGCUUUGUGGACCCGGUCCGGCAGUGUGCAGAAUGCAGCCUCGUCUCACAGAAGGAGAUGGAGUUCUACGACAAGCAGAUCAAAGUGCUCAUGAAGGGUGCCAAUUUUACGGUGACUUUGGGCACCUCGGAGAAAUCAGAAUCAAUGGUCUGUCGGCUGUCUAACAACCACAGGUACCUCUUUCUCGAUGGAGACAGCCACUUGGAGGUUGAACUCUCCCGUGUCUCGAGUUUUCAGAUCCUAACUGAAGGGUUCACCCCCGGAGAAAAAGAUAUUCACACUUACACCAGCCUGCUGGAGAGUCAAUAUAUUACUGAAGGGGGUAACUCCCGUGCCAGUGGCAUGCUGCUUCAGUAUAAAGCAGUAGGAUCCCAGGAUCUACAGCAACUCAAGCUGAAUGCCAGAGAAGAUAACAAGACUGCCUCAGCAUGGCUAGCAGCAAUGCAUAAGGCUGCAAAGCUUGUGUAUGAAUCGCGGGACCAAUGACAGUUGAGAUGCGGAUAUAUUGACAUGAAGACAAAGGCCUUCAAGUAUUACAUUGUUUCUAGUCUGACACGUAUUUUGAAAAUGCCUCCUAUUUGCUUUUCUUCCCCCCUCUUGUUUAUUUACAUAAUUGAUUACUAUUGCAUAUUCUGGGGAUCUAGUGCAAUAUAUACAGUUUAUUAAUGCUUUAAAUGUAGUCUCAAGUUUUCAAUUUUUUUAAAAAUAUAUUUGGUUAAAUAUUACUAUUUUAACACUUCUAUAACAGCAGGAUACAUACCUUUUAUGCCUAUGCGUUGUUUGUAGCACUUCUGUAAACUUCUUUUCCUACAUGAUAAAGCACACAUUUGAUAGUUUUUUGUUAUUGAUUAAUGUAACUCAAAGAAAAUAUUGCACUGCUAAUAACUUUAUACAGAUUAAUUAGAAUACAGUUAUUUCCCUGAAAUGGUAGGGAAAGAGAACACCAUGCAAUACAGUAAAAUCAAUAUUUGUAUACAUCCUAUGAAUAUGUAAGGUUCAGUCGUGUACUAAACAUUGGACCUAAAGCUUUUGCUGGAAAUUCAUUCAAAUGAGUACGACUUUUUCGCCUGCAUUGUUUGUAAUCGUUAAUCUCAUUUGUCUUCCUAGUUUCCCCAACUUCAGUCUAAAAUGAGUGUGUUUACCAAGUUCUGAGUUCUAAAUUAUUUGGACAAGGGAAGGGGGGCAUGGUUAAAGAGGUUUGCCAGUUAUGUGGCUUGAGUGAAUUGUUUAAUGGUUCCUAAUCGUGAUCAUUAGAGACUGUAAAUAGAUCUGCUUCACCUGUACAAAUGGAGAGCUGUUUUUAUUGUGUGUACAUCUUUCUUUAAUAAAAAUUAAAAAAAAAAAAUUAAUGUCUACAUUUUUAAGUCUUGUGGUGCAGGCACAUUUUUAGUUAUGCUCUAGGAAACACAAAUUAGUUAAACUCCUUUAAGUUAUUCAUCUCAGUUCUGACUACUGUUAUGGUUAAAUGUUAACCAGUGUGUGGGUUUACUUUGUCCUGGUAGAUUUAAAAUACAAACAAUGCAAUCCCAACAUUCAUGCCACGGCAUUGCUUUAUUGUGAACGUUUACAUUACAUGUUGCUUAAGUAGUGUAUCUGUAUACUAUACAGAAACUGCAGUUCAGUUACAUAUUCAUACAGCAGAGCCACUGUCAAACACCUCUUCACUUCUGAUACUCGUCACAAUAUUUACAUUUAUACUCCACAGUGGCUAAGCUGUUUACAGCACUGCUCUGAGUGGGUAAAAAUUACACAAGACUUUAAAACAUGAAAAAGCAAGUCAGAGGCUGUCACAUAACACAGAAAUCUGUAAAAUGCAUUUGUAUAGCUCAUAUGGAAAAAUAUCCAUGAAACAGUCUUUUAUAUAAAAGCAUGAGUAAUUUGCUGUGUACUGAAGUGCUCUAUUCUCUUGCACAAAACUGUUAUUGCAUCAAUCUCCUGACACUGAUAUUACUAGGGAACACAGGGACUGACCUCUGUAGAAACCAUUCUACAUUCUCAUUCUUCCCUCUGACAUCCCUUUCUCUUCAAAGGACCUAGUCCUCCCAAUAAAUAAACAGCACCCAAACUUCAUGUCUGGUAAAGAAAAUUAUUCCUCUUCAUAUUCUUUUUAAACAUAUUUUUUUGUUUUUCUUUUAAAUCCAGCUUUAAUACAAAUUCCAAUCACUCAUCGAUUUUCUACCAUCCUCAAGAUCACCCAAUCAAACAUGCAUCGAUUCAUUCUUUCCUGCCUUUGCUGUAGCUUACCCAGAGAUAAGAAAGACUCCAUGUCUUGCAUUAGCAAGUCAAUCCUCCAAGGUACUUGGCUUCAGAACAUUACAUUUUGAGACUAAUGAGUCGUGUUUAACGUGCGUACUUGGCUCUACACUGAAACUAUUAAAUAGCAAUACUGUGUUAAGACUACCUUACCCCUCUUUUUUUAAGUCACAAAAGCCCUCAACUUCACCUGCAAAGCCCUGUUUCUUUUACCCCAAUCAGGGCAGUCUCUGUGUUCCUUUGAGAGAAUCUCGGCAGUAUUUAAAAGCAGAAUUCUGUCAUUUUGGGGUUUCAGUAAAACAGCACUGAAACCAGGCAGACAUCUAAUGCAGCAGAACAAACAACUCUUCAACAUCUGGCAUGCCUAAUGCUGAAGCACUGCUUCAACUGAACAGAUAUAUAUAUAUAUAUAUAUAUAUAUAUAUAUAUAUAUAUAUAUAUAGAACUAUAUAUAUAU